AGGUGACAUGUGACCAGGUGAAACUAAUUAUAUAAGUAGCAUGUUUAGGGUGGUGGUGGCUAUAGUAUUUGGGCAAAGUGUAGAUUUUAUGUUAGUAGUGGGGCCUCCUUUUGGUAAUCUUCUUUUGAGAUAUGUCAUGGGCAAUGAAGGGGCUCCAUCUAAUUUUCAUUGCUUUGGUUCUUUGGAGAGAUACAAGUGGAUUCGGAGUGUGGAAUACAACCUCUGUUGUUGAUUGGCAAGCUGGACGUUCUAAUGCAACAUGGAACCAAAAUUUUCACUUCGCUACGCCUGUUCAAGCUUUGGAGCUACUGUCCAGAAAAAGUGCAAAUGGAAAUGUUGACGGAGGAAAUUCUAGUAGUUUCAGUUAUACUUCAGAAGUCCAAACUGCUCAACAGGAUUCUAGUUUUGUUCAGUCUUCUGGUGGUGCUGCUCAAGGUAAACCUGUACUAAAUGCUCAAGGUCAAGCAACUCCCAUGGUUCAACCGCAGGACAACUUGAUGAUGACUCAGUCCUCAAGGCUCUAUUGGUUUGAAUCUCUCAAGCCUGAAAACUGUGGCACUUUGCUCUCUCAAUCUUGGCCUCAAAAAGGUCAGAAUAACGGUGGAUUCCAAAGACCUUCCAGGUUCCAGUUUGGAGGCACUGCAAACCAGACAUCUGGAUCCCAGACCCAGUCGUCAUACCAGCCUAGCACCACAACACAGGUUCAGACAGGCGAGUCUAUUGCCCAGCCUGAGUCUUUCGGAGCUUCAGCUUCAUAUCCAAGUCAAACCUCUGGCAUGUACUCUGUUGUACAGGGUCCUCUGAUUGCAUCCUCUUCCCAAAUGCCUGGGUUCCACAUCCAGUCAUCAUACCAGCCUGGCACCACAACACAGGUUCAGACAGGCCAGUCUGCGUCUACAUCUCAGGCUCAGUCCUCUGGUGCGUCAACGUUGUAUCAAGGGAUUAGCUCUGGCAGGUAUCUGACUUCACUGGGUCAUAUAAUUCCAUCCUCCUCCCAGUCUGUGGUCACUACAAACCAGACAUCUGGAUCCCAGACCCAGUCAUCAUACCAGCCUGGCACCACAACACUGCUUCAGACAGGCCAGUCUGCUUCUACAUCUCAGGCUCUUGGCAGCCAUGGAGCUGCACCUUCAGGACAUGCUAAAUGGUACACCAUUGUACAAGGUCAGACAAUUCCAUCUUCUCAAGCGUCUGGAUCCCAGACCCAGUCAUCAUACCAGCCUAGCACUACAACGCUCCUUCAGACAGGCCAGCCUGUUCUUCCUCAGAGUCAGCCUUCGGGAGCUUCUGCUUCAUAUCCAAGUCAAACCUCUGGCGUGUACAAUAUUGCACAGCGUCCAUUGACUGCAACCCUUUCCGAAAUACCUGGGUUCCACAUCCAGUCAUCAUACCAGCCUGGCACUACAACACUGCUUCAGACAGGCCAGUCUGCGUCUACAUCUCAGGCUCAGUCCUCUGGUGCAUCAACAUUGUAUCAAGGAAUUAGGAGGAAUGUGACUUCUCUGGGUCAUGGCUUUCCAUACUCAACCCAGUCUGUGGUGACUGCAAACCAGACAUCUGGAUCCCAGACCCAGUCAUCAUACCAGCCUGGCACUACAACACUGCUUCAGACAGGCCAGUCUACUCCUACAUCUCAGGCUCAGUCCUCUGGUGCAUCAACAUUGUAUCAAGGAAUUAGGAGGAAUGUGACUUCUCUGGGUCAUGGCUUUCCAUACUCAACCCAGUCUGUGGUGACUGCAAACCAGACAUCUGGAUCCCAGACCCAGUCAUCAUACCAGCCUGGCACCACAACACUGCUUCAGACAGGCCAGUCUGCUUCUACAUCUCAGGCUCUUGGCAGCCAUGGAGCUGCACCUUCAGGACAUGCUAAAUGGUACACCAUUGUACAAGGUCAGACAAUUCCAUCUUCUCAAGCGUCUGGAUCCCAGACCCAGUCAUCAUACCAGCCUAGCACUACAACACUGCUUCAGACAGGCCAGCCUGUUCUUCCUCAGAGUCAGCCUGCGGGAGCUUCUGCUCCAUAUCCAAGUCAAACCUCUGGCGUGUACAAUAUUGCACAGCGUCCAUUGACUGUAACCCUUUCCGAAAUACCUGGGUUCCACAUCCAGUCAUCAUACCAGCCUGGCACCACAACACAGGUUCAGACAGGCCAGUCUGCGUCUACAUCUCAGGCUCAGUCCUCUGGUGCGUCAACGUUGUAUCAAGGGAUUAGCUCUGGCAGGUAUCUGACUUCACUGGGUCAUAUAAUUCCAUCCUCCUCCCAGUCUGUGGUCACUACAAACCAGACAUCUGGAUCCCAGACCCAGUCAUCAUACCAGCCUGGCACCACAACACUGCUUCAGACAGGCCAGUCUGCUUCUACAUCUCAGGCUCUUGGCAGCCAUGGAGCUGCACCUUCAGGACAUGCUAAAUGGUACACCAUUGUACAAGGACAGACAAUUCCAUCUUCUCAAGCCUCUGGAUCCCAGACCCAGUCAUCAUACCAGCCUGGCACCACAACACAGGUUCAGACAGGCCAGUCUGCUUCUACAUCUCAGGCUCAGUCCUCUGGUGCAUCAACAUUGUAUCCAGGGAUUAGGAGGAAUGUGACUUCUCUGGGUCAUGGCUUUCCAUACUCAACCCAGUCUGUGGUGACCGCAAACCAGACAUCUGGAUCCCAGACCCAGUCAUCAUACCAGCCUAGCACUACAACACUCCUUCAGACAGGCAGGCCUGUUCUUCCUCAGAGUCAGCCUUCGGGAGCUUCUGCUUCAUAUCCAAGUCAAACCUCUGGCGUGUACAAUAUUGCACAGCGUCCAUUGACUGCAACCCUUUCCGAAAUACCUGGGUUCCACAUCCAGUCAUCAUACCAGCCUGGCACCACAACACAGGUUCAGACAGGCCAGUCUGCGUCUACAUCUCAGGCUCAGUCCUCUGGUGCGUCAACGUUGUAUCAAGGGAUUAGCUCUGGCAGGUAUCUGACUUCACUGGGUCAUAUAAUUCCAUCCUCCUCCCAGUCUGUGGUCACUACAAACCAGACAUCUGGAUCCCAGACCCAGUCAUCAUACCAGCCUGGCACCACAACACUGCUUCAGACAGGCCAGUCUGCUCCUACAUCUCAGGCUCAGUCCUCUGGUGCAUCAACAUUGUAUCAAGGAAUUAGGAGGAAUGUGACUUCUCUGGGUCAUGGCUUUCCAUACUCAACCCAGUCUGUGGUGACCGCAAACCAGACAUCUGGAUCCCAGACCCAGUCAUCAUACCAGCCUAGCACUACAACACUCCUUCAGACAGGCAGGCCUGUUCUUCCUCAGAGUCAGCCUUCGGGAGCUUCUGCUUCAUAUCCAAGUCAAACCUCUGGCGUGUACAAUAUUGCACAGCGUCCAUUGACAGCAACCCUUUCCGAAAUACCUGGGUUCCACAUCCAGUCAUCAUACCAGCCGGGCACUACAACACUGCUUCAGACAGGCCAGUCUGCGUCUACAUCUCAGGCUCAGUCCUCUGGUGCAUCAACAUUGUAUCAAGGAAUUAGGAGGAAUGUGACUUCUCUGGGUCAUGGCUUUCCAUACUCAACCCAGUCUGUGGUGACUGCAAACCAGACAUCUGGAUCCCAGACCCAGUCAUCAUACCAGCCUGGCACCACAACACUGCUUCAGACAGGCCAGUCUGCUUCUACAUCCCAGGCUCUUGGCAGCCAUGGAGCUGCACCUUCAGGACAUGCUAAAUGGUACACCAUUGUACAAGGUCAGACAAUUCCAUCUUCUCAAGCGUCUGGAUCCCAGACCCAGUCAUCAUACCAGCCUAGCACUACAACACUGCUUCAGACAGGCCAGCCUGUUCUUCCUCAGAGUCAGCCUUCGGGAGCUUCUGCUCCAUAUCCAAGUCAAACCUCUGGCGUGUACAAUAUUGCACAGCGUCCAUUGACUGCAACCCUUUCCGAAAUACCUGGGUUCCACAUCCAGUCAUCAUACCAGCCUGGCACUACAACACUGCUUCAGACAGGCCAGUCUGCGUCUACAUCUCAGGCUCAGUCCUCUGGUGCAUCAACAUUGUAUCAAGGAAUUAGGAGGAAUGUGACUUCUCUGGGUCAUGGCUUUCCAUACUCAACCCAGUCUGUGGUGACUGCAAACCAGACAUCUGGAUCCCAGACCCAGUCAUCAUACCAGCCUGGCACUACAACACUGCUUCAGACAGGCCAGUCUGCGUCUACAUCUCAGGCUCAGUCCUCUGGUGCAUCAACAUUGUAUCAAGGAAUUAGGAGAAAUGUGACUUCUCUGGGUCAUGGCUUUCCAUACUCAACCCAGUCUGUGGUGACUGCAAACCAGACAUCUGGAUCCCAGACCCAGUCAUCAUACCAGCCUGGCACCACAACACUGCUUCAGACAGGCCAGUCUGCUUCUACAUCUCAGGCUCUUGGCAGCCAUGGAGCUGCACCUUCAGGACAUGCUAAAUGGUACACCAUUGUACAAGGUCAGACAAUUCCAUCUUCUCAAGCGUCUGGAUCCCAGACCCAGUCAUCAUACCAGCCUAGCACUACAACACUGCUUCAGACAGGCCAGCCUGUUCUUCCUCAGAGUCAGCCUUCGGGAGCUUCUGCUCCAUAUCCAAGUCAAACCUCUGGCGUGUACAAUAUUGCACAGCGUCCAUUGACUGCAACCCUUUCCGAAAUACCUGGGUUCCACAUCCAGUCAUCAUACCAGCCUGGCACUACAACACUGCUUCAGACAGGCCAGUCUGCGUCUACAUCUCAGGCUCAGUCCUCUGGCGCAUCAACAUUGUAUCAAGGAAUUAGGAGGAAUGUGACUUCUCUGGGUCAUGGCUUUCCAUACUCAACCCAGUCUGUGGUGACUGCAAACCAGACAUCUGGAUCCCAGACCCAGUCAUCAUACCAGCCUGGCACCACAACACUGCUUCAGACAGGCCUGUCUGCUUCUACAUCUCAGGCUCAGUCCUCUGGUGCCUCAACAUUCUAUCAAGGGAUUAGCUCUGGCAGGUAUCUGACUUCACUGGGUCAGAGCAUUCCAUCCUCCUCCCACUCUGUGGUCACUACAAACAAAAUCUCUGGAUUGCAGGACCAGUCAUUUCAGCCUGACACCACAACAAAUGCUUUGGUGGGUCAGUCUGCUUCUACAUCUUUGGCUCACGGCAACUUUCAGGCUCCAAAUUGGCAUACGAUAACUCCUCCUAGAUUCCAUAAUUUGCUACGGAACGUGUCGGUUUCUCAAUCUCUGAGCUCUGAUCCCCAAACAAGAACAAUCAACAAUAUUUUGCCGUUUCUGAACCAAAGUGCUGGGACUUCUGCCAUGUCUCAGAAUAAUGUACAGACCCCAGCAUUUCACACAUCUACACACUUCUCACCUGUCCCACAAACUGUUGCCACUCCCCCAGUCUCUCUACCCAAGCCUUGCCGACAGACACAAUGCUCAAUGGUGGAGAGUGCAAUUGCCUCUAUAGCAUCCAGCCAAACCUCUCCUCGUGUUGCCACAUCAUCUCAAGGCACAGGCUCUUUUGCUGCUGUACCCAUUCCAGGUACCUCACAGAAUUUUGCAGGCAUUGAUUUCCAGGGUACAUUGCCAGUACAUGACCAGUACAGCUCGGUGUGUAACUUUCCAUUUGGUUUCUGCAAUUCUCCUCAAGGAGCUGCAAACAACAAAUUUGUUCGAAGCCAGAGUGUACAGACACACAACCUGUGAACCAAGAAUUCAUGGGACACUUUCUGGAAUCAGUGCCUCAUCAGCAUUCUGUGUUCCACAAAGCUUUUCCAAUACACCUGAAAUUGUGAGCUCAGCCACUUACAGCUCCCCCCCCCCCCCCCCCCCAUUUCACAACACCAGGCCCUCCUGACAAUCUCAACUGUAAGAUUAACUACUGAGUGCUUUGAUCGCUGACUGAAUAUAUGCUCAUUUGUGGUGCUUUUUAUUGUUUGCCUGAAUUUUUGUUGCAAUAAAAGGAGAAUGCACA